GUGAAAAGGUGGCCUACGGCUCUUCCUAAGGGAGAGUGAGCAACACACCUACACGCACCGUCUUGUGCUCCAUAACAGGAUGCGUGGCAGGUUCCUGAGGCGGCUGGUGGCCGAGGAGAGCUGGUACUCCAUCCCCGUGGGGCGCCUCCUUCUUCCCGUGCUCCUGGGGUUCCGCCUUGUGCUGCUGGCUGCCAGGGGGACUGGGGUCUAUGGCGAUGAGCAGAGCGAAUUCGUGUGUCACACCCAGCAGCCAGGCUGCAAGGCUGCCUGCUACGAUGCCUUCCACCCCCUCUCCCCACUGCGCUUCUGGGCCUUCCAGGUCAUCUUGGUGGCUGUGCCCAGUGCCCUCUACAUGGGUUUCACCGUGUAUCAUGGCAUCUGGCAUUGGGAAGACUCGGGAAAGGUGAAGAAGGAAGAGGAGACCCUGACCCAACAAGGACAGGGCAGCACAGAUGCCUCAGGGGCUGAAAGGCCCAGGCUGCUCUGGGCCUAUGUGGCACAGCUGGGGGUGCGACUGGUCCUUGAGGGGGCAGCCUUGGGGGGGCAGUACCAUCUGUAUGGGUUCAAGAUGCCCAGCUCCUUCGCAUGUCGUCGAGAGCCUUGCCUUGGCAGUAUAACCUGCAAUCUGUCCCGCCCCACUGAGAAGACCAUUUUCCUAAAGACCAUGUUUGGGGUCAGUGGACUCUGUCUCUUCUUUACUCUUUUGGAGCUUGUGCUUUUGGGCCUGGGGAGAUGGUGGCAGACCUGGAAGCAAAAAUCUUCCUCUUCUGACUGCUUCCCAACUUCAGAGAGCACCAGGAAACACAAGGAACCAAACGAUAACUUCCCAGUGGUGGAAUCAAAAGAUCAGUUCUGAGUAGCAGGUGAGAAGGGCACUGAUGUCCUUUUUACUUCUUUGACUCAAAUUAUAAGAGAAAAUUUAUUUAGUAAGUCACAGAGGUAGAAGAAAUGAGCUCAGGGAACAAACUACAGAAGCAAAAGAAAGGCUCUUGCAGCUUAAGAGAGGAAGGUCAA